ACAGCUGCAUCAAGUUAGCCACCCCGACGAACCGCACGAGGGGCCCAAGACUGCGGUUGGUCCCCGUCAGCUUUCGCGCGAGCUGCUUCCCAGGGAUCUGGCUUGGAGGGCUCUGUACUAUGCUGAGGCUUUGACGGCGUCGGAGUCUGGUCCGCACUGACCCCCGACCGAGCAUUUGGAGAAGAUGAUGCUUGUACUGAAGGCGCCUCCGAGGUUGUAUCCGUAUUCUCGGGGGAUUGUGUCGGCGCAUGGGAGGGCGAGGCUAGUUGUGCAGCUUCUCGAGCUUCACGUUCUCGUGCUUCGAUCAUGGCAGCAUUUUGCAAGACACGACGUUGUCGCUCCAAGUCAGCGAGAAGCUCCUGCAAGAAAAAAGAGUAGUGAGAACUCCAGUCAAGCUCGGUACGCCAUACUUUGGGAUCACAUACCUGGUACGUGGGCGGAUGUGACCUGGUCGUUCCUAGCGUGAGUUCAUUUAUGGAGACAUACCAGGUAACCGCUUCUCUCCAGCGAUAUAGGUCCACAUAUCAUAGCCCCGUCGAUAUUUCACGACGCGUUUCGUUCUCACAUCUAUAAGAGUCAUUCUCAACCCGUGCAGCCGUGGCAUAACCAUAAAGCAUACCUCCGUGAGGGUUUGGGUACUCAAAGUACCGAUUACCUACAUAUAAGUGAUGUAUCCAGAGUCACCACGACGUCGAGAGUAUUGAAGAGCAUGAUUUACAAACUGGGUUGGAUAUUUUUGCCCAUAGGCGUCGGAAGACGGAAACUGACAUAGUCUCAAGUCAGUAGUAAACCCUUCAAGUUGCCAGGAAGCAGAUGGGUGCGGCUAUUAUGCAGUUCAAGUUGGCUUUGAGCGAAUAUACCAGCCGUGGUCUUGAAUGGCAGGUUAGAGUCAAAGCGCGCACUUUGCGUGCACAUACCCAUAAGCGCCCUACAUUCCUUUUUGGGUCAGACAUACGCGUACGUCGCGCCUACAGUGCACGCUCAAAUUGACUUACUCUUGACCACCAUUUACCUGGAUUCGCCAUGGCCGACGUCGAAAUGAAAUCUGCGGACGAGAAGAAGGCGGAGGAGGCAAAAGAGGAGGAGAAACCCAAGAAGAUUCCUCUGACUCCUGCGGCUGAAAUCAAGCAGAAUGCAGCUCUCAUUGAACGUGCCGUCUCGACUUUCGAACCUCGCUUUACGCAUCGAGUCUUGCGUACCCUAACGUCUUUGAAGAAAAGACUUGAUGCGGAUGCUCUUAGAGACGCGAUAGAAGAGAUAUACCCUACAGAGUCAUCUCUCCGUCAACAGCUUCUCUCAUGGCUUCCAGCCGCGACGUCCGAUCACACAAUGGAAGUCGACUCCGUAACUACGAAGCAACCACCCACCGAGCCCGUACCAGAAACCGAGAUUUAUCUUCGCCUACUUCUGAUUCAUUACCUGCUUUCUUCGUCGAGCAACUAUGGCAAGGCUAUCGAACUCUCGAGACAAACCGUGGAAAAGAUUCAGGCGCUGAAUAGAAGGACCUUGGACCCUAUCUCAGCCAAGGUUUGGUACGCGUUGGAGCGAGCGUAUGAGUUGGGUGGCGAGUUGGCCGAUGCACGACCUCUAUUCCUCGCUGCUCAGCGUACUGCUUCCCUCCGACACGACGAGGAGACUCAGGCUUCCCUCAUCAACCGACUUCUCCGCAGUUACCUCCAGUACAACCUCUACGACCAGGCCGACAAGCUGGUGUCUAAGACUACCUUUCCCACGUCUGCCAGCAAUUCUCAAUAUGCACGUUAUCAUUACUACCUGGCCCGUAUCAAAGCCGUUCAACUCAACUACUCCGCUGCGCACACGAACAUCCAGCAAGCAAUUCGUCGCGCACCGCCAGCAACGACUGCGCCUGGGUUCUACCAAGCCAUUCAUAAGCUCUCCGUCAUCGUGGAGCUUUUGAUGGGUGAUAUUCCCGAACGAAGUCUCUUCCGACAUCCCGUACUGGAGAAGGCACUGACUGGGUAUUUCGAGAUCGUGAAAGCUGUGCGCUCGGGCUCGCUAUCACAAUUCCAGAACGCGUUGUCAAAGCACGCGGCACAGUUCGAGGCGGACAAGACCCACACACUCAUCGUCCGUCUCCGUCAGAACGUCAUCAAAACUGGAAUCCGACGUCUCUCUCUUUCAUACUCUCGCAUCUCACUGCGCGAUAUCUGCGUCAAGCUUCAUCUCGACUCCGAGGAAGACGCCGAGUACAUCGUCGGCAAGGCCAUCCGCGAUGGUGUCAUUGAGGGUCGCAUCAUCCACGAGAAGGGUUGGAUGGAGUGUGGUGGUCAGAAGGGCGGAUACGGACCUGAGGUCAUCGACGUCUUCAACCGUCGUAUCUCAUACUGCCUCGAGCUGCAUAAUCAAAGUGUAAAGGGUAUGCGAUACCCACUUAAUGCUCAUCGGAAAGAGCUUGCCGCGGCUGAAGGUGCCCGCUCGCGUGAGAAGGAACUUGCGAAGGAGCUUGCGGAGGGUGGUGGUGAUUUCGACGAUGAGCCGGGGCUUGGGGAAGGGUUCUAGCAUUGUUAAUAUCACUCUUUGUAUGGCACACAUGGUCUUCUGAUCAAAGGAUUGAACAUCAAGUAUGUGGUAUGUU